CCGGGCGCGUGGCGCUUCCGGGGGAGAGCCGGCGUUGCUACCGCGGCUGCUUCCUGCCCUGCGACUCCAAAGUCGGGGUUUUGGUGGUCCUCUGAACCCACUCCCACUCCACUCCCCUUUUGGGUUGGGGCGGAGCUAGGCAUGGCAGCCACCCGGGGGGCGACCACUGAAACGGCCCCUGCGGCUGGAGCUGGAGAGGUGGAAGGGCUGAGAGAAGAAAGAACUAAUGAAAACUGAAUUGGUCUGUACUUCCUGGAGUAAUUUGAAAUUGUGGUAUAGUUUGAACAUGGAAAUGAAUGGAAGAAGCCAUUUCUGGCCGUCAAGGUUCGGAGUAGAAGUGAAUGGAGAAAAGCCUGCGUCACAUAAGGGCCAGAAGGUGCGGAGGAAGGUGAACGUGUCAAACCUUUUACGCCAGAGAAAGCAAAAGAAAUUCUAAUGUCUUUACAACGACCUGCAGUCUUCUGUAACAUGGCUUUCGAUUGGCCAGCCCAACACUGGACUGUUAAACACCUUUCUGAAGUCCUUCCUGGCAAGCAGAUACGAUUCAGGAUGGGAAUGAAAAGAACAGAUACAGUUCCGCAGUUUGAAACGGCAUGUAAUUAUGUGGAAGCUACACUUGAAGAGUUCCUGACCUGGAACUGUGGCCAGCCUACUAUGUCUGGACCAUUUAGAGAUUAUGAUCAUUCCAAAUUCUGGGCUUAUGCCGACUACAAAUAUUUUGUCAGCCUAUUUGACAACAAGGCAGAUAUUUUCCAGGAUGUGAUAUGGUCUGACUUCGGGUUUCCUGGAAGAAAUGGACGGGAAAGUACAUUGUGGAUCGGCUCCAUGGGGGCCCAUACACCCUGUCAUCUGGACUCCUAUGGUUGCAACUUAGUAUUCCAGGUCCAAGGAAGGAAAAGAUGGCAUCUCUUUCCUCCUGAAGACACUCCUUUCCUUUAUCCAACUAGAAUCCCUUAUGAAGAAUCUAGUGUGUUCAGUAAAAUCAAUGUUGUCAAUCCUGAUUUAAAACGUUUUCCUCAGUUCCGCAAAGCUCGAAGACAUACGGUUACACUAAACCCAGGACAGGUUCUGUUUGUUCCCAGACACUGGUGGCAUUACGUAGAAUCCAUUGAUCCUGUCACUGUCAGUAUAAACUCAUGGAUUGAGCUGGAAGAGGACCACCAAGCCCGAGUAGAAGAGGCAAUCACACGCAUGCUUGUGUGUGCCCUGAAGACCGCAGAGGAUCCAACCAAUACCAGAGCUUGGUUAAACCCAACUGAGGUUGAGGAAACAUCCCACGAAGUCAAUUGUCGCUACUUAAAUAGAGCUGUUUCUGCCCUUUUUGAUCAUUACAGAACAUCUAAGGUCAUAGAAAUCCAAGCCCUGAGAACAAAUAGAGAGGACAUGAAACAGGAGGGCUUGAAUGUGCACAAUCGCACGGCGGUGGAACAAACAGGUGGCCAGGACGUAAUCCUGGGAACAGGAAAAUGGGAGGCAGCAAGUCCCUUUGGCCCUGAUCUGGUUCCUGUAAUACUGAGUUCUGAAGAACUACCCUCAGAGAGAGGAGGCAUAUUUGAAGGUGAUGGUAAAGACUUUGUAGGCAAAGAUGGAGAACACUCUGGAAAACUGCGUUGUACCAAGAGGCAACGAAUGAUGAGUAAAAGUGAGGAUGCAGUUGUGGAACAAAUUGCUUCAAAUAGUAGUAUGGCUCCUUCUCAAACAUUCAUUUCUACAGAUGACUUGCUGGACUGCUUGGUGAAUCCACAAGUAACCAGGAUAGUGGCACAACUUCUGAUACAAGGAAGGAGUUUGUAGUUCUAAGGAAAUGACUUUUAAAAUAAUACUUUAAAAAUAUUUUUAAGUAGUUUGAUCAUUAAAUUAAAAAAUGGCAGAGCACAAAAUUAA